AUGAUGGUGGAAGAACACUGGUCAACGUCGCCAAAAACCCCUCUCGAGCGACCAGCAAAUGGCGAGAAAGGAUCCGAAGAGGAAUAUGCAGGGCACAACGGCAUACUAAGAUCGGCCCAGGCGUCAUCAACAGGCUCGCUCAAAGCAGAUGACGGGGCAGAGAAUUUCAAACUGUCAACUCGCUCAUGGCUCGUCUUCAUGACUCUCGCUACUCUCACCUUGAUGGUAGCCCUUGAUGGUACCUCGAUAUCUGUUGCUUUGCCGAUCAUCGCCUCCAAGCUCCAUGGAACGGCAAUUGAAGCGUUCUGGAGUGGAACAUCGUUUCUUCUCUGCUCAACCGUGUUCCAACCCACGUUUGCAUCAUUAUCCAAUAUUUUCGGCCGCAAACCCUUAAUUCUCACGGCAAUUGCGUUUUUCUUGGCCGGGUCCCUUGUUGCCGGCCUGGCGCAAAAUUUUACCCACAUGCUGGUUGGACGGUCAAUUCAAGGAGUUGGAGGCGGCGGCUUGAUUGCCCUGUCUGAAAUCAUUGUGACUGAUCUGGUUCCCUUGAGACUUCGAGGCCAGUACUUUGGUAUUCUUAGCGCCAUGUGGAGUGUAGGAUCUGUUACUGGACCGAUCUUGGGCGGAGGAUUUUCUCAAGAUGUCUCCUGGAGAUGGAUCUUCUAUAUUAACUUCCCUUUCAUUGGAUUCGGUAUCGUUUUUGUCAUCCUUUUCCUAAAACUCAACUUCCUUCCCUCGUCACUGAUGUCUAAACUCCGGCGGAUCGAUUACGUUGGUUCAAUCAUCUUCAUUGGAAGCGCAACAUCUUUUCUGAUCCCAGUCACUUGGGGGGGAGUGAUGUAUCCCUGGGACUCCUGGAGAACGCUUGUGCCACUGAUUGUUGGUGCAGUCGGCCUGAUUGCGUUCUUCGUCUAUGAGACUUAUUUCGCGGCUGAGCCCAUGAUCCCCAUCACCAUCUUCGCCACUCGCACGGCUAUCCUGACAUAUAUCGAAACCGUGCUGCACGGGCUUGUCCUUUGGUGUGCACUCUACUACAUGCCUCUUUACUAUGAAACAGUCAAGGAGUACUCCCCAAUCAUCGCAGGCGUCAGCUUAUUCCCCCUAUCCUUCACCGUGGCUCCCUCCGCCGCUAUCGUUGGCAUAGUCGUUACCAAAACAGGCCACUACCGUUGGGCCAUUUGGAUCGGAUUCUUCUUCGCCACUCUCGGUACGGGCCUGUUCUGCGUUCUCGACGUGCACACCAGCAUAGCAGGAUGGAUCUUCCUGACACUCCCCGCCGGCCUGGGUCUAGGUAUGCUCUUCCCUUCCCUUGCCUUCGCGAUCCAAGCCUCCGCUCUGAGCGGGCACAUGUCUAUCGCCGUCGCGAUGUUCAGCUUCUUCCGCGCCUUCGGACAGGCCAUCGGCGUGGCCAUUGGAGGUGUCAUAUUCCAGAAUCAAAUGCAUGAGAAUCUGCUUCGAUAUCCCGACCUCGCGCCGCUAGCGGGUGCGUACAGCAAAGACGCGGCCGGGCUGGUGCAGAUCGUCCGCGCGAUGCCUGCGGGGAUGGAGAAGGAUAAUUUGAAAGAAGCGUACACGGAUAGUUUGCGGAUCGUGUACGCGGUGUGCACGGCGCUGAUCGGGGUUGCGGGGGUGUUGAGCUUGUUCACGGAGUCGUAUGAUCUGAACAAGGGGAUUGAUUCGGAGCAGACGAUACGCGAGAAGAAAAGCAGGGAUGCUGAGGUCGCCUCGGAGAAAUAGGCUUCCCUCUUCUUCUCCUACUUCUCGCUCAAAUCUGGUGGUGUUGUUCGGAGGGGGCAGCAAUUGGCGUUUCUAUGAGGAUUCUCCCUGUACAUUUCCCGAUUUCACGAA